CUGCACCGUUCGACCACAGUAGCCGACUGACGAGAGCAAUAGACGUGCGUGCGUGAAAUAAGGAGAGGGGAGGCGGAGGAAGGUGAAUCCCUCCGCCGGAUGGGCGCCUUGUGUUCAUCAGGUGUUGUCAUGGAUGAGGACGAGCAGCGAGAGCUGGAGUGGCUGCGGUGGGAGCUUCAGGAGGUCGGAGAGGACGGAGGACCACCAGCAGAGGAGCAGCAACAACACGAGCCAAGCUACCACAACAGCACACCCAACAACACUGGUUACCCACAGCACUUUCUCCAUCCCCCUCUGCCCCCGUCAGCACACCAGCAGCCUGCGUUCCCUCCGUUCCUGUCGCCUCACACGGCGCCGCGCUCACCCCCAGGCGGUGAGAAUGGUACCUUUCCCGUGUACUGCGCCCGCGACGCGCCAGGAGUGCCCAUCGCUGCUCCUGUAGCUGCUCACGGCUUCGUCCCACCUCUGUCCAACCCCUUCGACCGUCGCGGAACAGAGGAGCGUGCGGAACAGAGGAGCGUGCGGAGCCCCCUGCCAAGCAGCGACGUCAGGCAAGCCGCGUUGCCGCGCUUCCACCCCUGAGGACCUUGGCCGAUCACUCACCCAUUGGCGGCACGGACACCACUGAGUCUGCGGCCUCCUCAUCGGCAGCGGCGGUGGGCGGGGCUUCUCAGGCGCCUCGCUUCUUCUCAGCGCAGCUGAGCACCACCCAGAC